GUACUUUAUCGCAGUGAACUAGCACAAAGCAUACCUCGCUUCCUAUAAUUAAUUACCACUAGUCUCGUCUUUAUAACUUGGCGUCCCUUCGCCACAACUAAAUUCUACGAAUUGAAGUGCCUCCUGCGCCCUCUCAAAAGUCAGGGAGUUUCUUCCGCUUUCAACGAAUUUAGCGAUUAUUCCAUCAUGAUGUAACAACAGAACUCAGUGAAUCUAUACAUUCGCAUUAGUGAAGUGUUCGCGAUUUCCCUCGUUGCAAGUUUUCUCGUAAGAACUCCCGGAGGUCGUCCAGUUUGUGGAAUGUGCUUGUUGUUUGCUGUAUGUUUAGUGAGAUUUUCCCCAGGCGACUUUUUCAAAAUUUGACUGAUACGGCUACAGUUUUGUUUGAUCAUUAUCUUCAUUUUUGAAAAUUACAUUUACCAAAGUCUAUCUUAUUGUUCUGGAAUUUAAUUCGGUCAAAGUCCGAAAAUUUCUCAAUAAAUCUAUCCCCCUUUUAUCCCAUAUGGUUUAACGAUGUCGAUGCCAUCCGACUUCAUGGACCUGUUUUUCGACAGAGACACAACUGCUCUACAAUUCCUUGACAAAGACUUCAACUACAAAACCGAUGGAUUGGAGCUUUCCUCUGACAGUAACCAAUACCUCAAUAAUGAAGAAUUACCAGAUGAGUUCUUGGAUUCUAUCCUUAAGAUGGAGUCUGAAGCUUCAUUUGAUCUGCUGAAUCAGAAUGGGUUCUUAUCGGAUGAUGUUCUCACCUCUGUGGAGUCCAAUGUGGACAGCAGCUCCUGCUCUGAAAGCGGCAUGUCAAAUGAGGCCCUCCUGUCACCUUUGGUUGAUGAAUUCGAUGAUGUAGUUUCUGCUCCUUCUUCUCCCAAACAUAAAACCCCAUCACCACAUCAAAUUGAAAAGAAUGUUUCAUCAUGCCCAAAAAUUAACUCAAAGAUUUCUAAACAGCCUCGCUCUAUUCUAAUACCUGUCAAUUUACCAGGGGUGAAAACUAUUAAGGUAGUGAAUGCGAGUGGUAGGCCGUUAAACAGCGAGGCCCUUGGCAGAGUAACAAAUGCUGGGAGGAUCCUCACAUCAAAUAGUAAUGGGUCACACACGUACCCUAAACUUCAGUUAACAGCUGAAGAAAAAAGACUUAUGGAAAAAGAAGGCAUUGCUCUACCCACCCACUAUCCGUUAACAAAACAAGAAGAACGAGAAUUGAAGAGAAUUCGACGGAAAAUAAGGAACAAAAUUUCUGCGCAGGAUUCCAGGAAGCGCAAGAAGGAAUAUGUCGAUGCCCUUGAAGAAAG